AUGUCAAAUGGGUCAUCGGUGACGUGUAUCGGGCUUUGGUUAGGGGCAGUGAUCCAGUGCGACGCAGGCGCCUGGGAAGGAGCACUGGCGAGCAACGCUGUUGGGAAAGGAUGGAAUUUGAUUGGUGGUGGAGGACCGCAAGUAGGCAAUAUGAUUGUGGACCCCCGCAGCGAAUCUGUUCCUCAUAUCUUCUUUUUCAGAAAUUAUCAGUACCCAACGAUGUACAACGGAAUAAGUUUGCAGACCCAUCGGGGCUCCAACACCAGCGGCCACGUUCAGGCGAAUGUCUUCACUGUGAAGGCGAGGGCGAAUAGAGUCGUCACCGUUCCGAGCAAGGAUUUCAAAUCGGGGCAAGGGGCCGCGGGCGUGAUCCGGGGGCCCAACAAGGACAUACUGGAGGACGAACGCAAGAAGCAGAUAUAUCGAAAUUUUUGA